AUGGUGAAGCGCAUGUUUUAUGCAAACCUCUGGUGUCACGUGACUGCUCUAGGAAGUAGCAUAUAUUUUGACACAAAUAUUGAACUAUGCGGUCAUUCAUCGAACUCGACUUUUGCGGGAACAGGAGCUGAUCUGUGUUGGACCAGAGAAUGUGGAAAGUGGUGUGGGCAGCACUGCUGCUCCUGGCCACUGUGUGUGCCCAGAGAGGCUAUGCCAAGGAGACCAAGGGAGCACCAAAGGUGGGGCAUGUGUCAGUGGUCAUAGUGGGAGGUACAGGUGACUUGGCUAAGAAGUACCUGUGGCAGGGCUUCUUCCAACUGUACGCUAACCAGGUGAGUAGCGGCUACAGUUUCUCCUUUUAUGGAGGAGGCCUGUUGCCCAAGGAUAAGGCCACGCCGAUCCUGUUUGAGGCGCUAAAGGGAGUGGUCUGUCCUCGGGAGCUGUCUGUGGAGCGCUGUGCCCUGGUGAAGGAGCAGUUUCUGAAGCUGGCUGAGUAUUGGCAGCUGAAGACAUUAGAGGACUACCAGGCCCUGGGCAAACACCUGACAGAGCAGCUGAAGCAGGAGGGCAUAGUGGAGGCAGGCAGGCUGUUCUACCUGUCAGUGCCAGCCUUCGCUUAUGCGGACAUUGCAGAAAAGAUCAACAACAGCUGCAGACCGACCAACGGGGCGUGGUUGAGGGUGGUGCUGGAGAAGCCGUUUGGUCAUGAUUUCAGUAGUGCCCAACUACUGUCCACUCAACUGGGUACCUCCCUCAAGGAUGAGGAGAUGUACAGGAUCGACCACUAUUUAGGGAAGCAGGUUGUCUCUAAGAUUUUGCCAUUCAGAAGGGAGAACAGCAAGCAUCUGGAUCCUAUCUGGAACAAGCACCACAUUGAGAGAGUGGAGAUUGUACUGAAGGAGACCCUGGAUGCCAGAGGUCGUAUUCCCUUCUAUGACCAGUACGGUGUGAUCAGAGACGUGAUACAGAACCACCUGACUGAGGUCAUGACCCUUCUGACCAUGGGGCUCCCAGCCAACCUGAGCGACGUGAAGGAGGUCCUCAGGAACAAGCUGAAGAUCUUCAGUGCCUUGCAGCACCUGGACAGGAACUGUGCUACCAUUGGUCAGUACCAGACCUACAAUCUAGAGGUACAGGAAGAACUGAACAAAACAAAGGAGUAUUACAGCCUCACCCCCACCUUUGCUGGUAUCAUGGUGCAUGUUGACAUAGCCCAGUACGAGAAAAUGCCAAUCAUCCUGACCUCAGGUAAGAUGCUGGAUGAGCGCUUAGGCUAUGCUCGCAUUUUGUUCAAGAAUGACAUCUUCUGUGUCCAGAGCCAUGACAGCGUCCACUGCAAGCCUAAGCAGAUUGUGUUCUACUUUGGCCAUGGCACUCUGCAGUACCCAGCCAUUCUCGUGAGUAAGAACCUGUUCAAGCCAGACCUGAUGGACACUGAGUGGAAGGAGGUAACAGAACACAAAGAUGUCAGUGUAUUAGGUAUGCCCAUCUCUGACUACUAUGUGCUGACACCAACGGUGCAGAGAGAGGCUUAUACAGAACUCAUUUUGCACAUCUUCCAAGGCCGGAAGGACAGCUUUAUCAGUACUGAGAACCUGCUGGCCUCCUGGGGUUUCUGGACACCUCUCCUGCACGGUCUGGCCAAAACCUCCCCCCGCCUGUACCCCGGGGGAGCGGACAAUGGCAACUUGCUGGACUUCAGACUGUUAGGACGGGAGGUGACCUUCGCCAACGAGGCUGUGGUCAUGAUCACCCAAGGCCACAUGGGCGGAUCUGGGGCAGAGAGCUUCCAAGUGAUGCAGGGGAAGUACCGCAGCGCUGACAUGGUGUCUGCCUGGCCCGAGGAGCUCAUCGUGCGGCUGGCCGCAGACCUGCAGGCUGCUGCGGAGAAUGCAGUAAGGGAGGGCGGCCGCUUCCACCUGGCCCUCUCCGGGGGCUCCAGUCCCCUAGCUCUGUUCCAGAGGCUGGCCCGCCACCACUACUCCUUCCCCUGGAGGGACACCCAUGUGUGGAUGGUGGACGAGCGAUGCGUGCCUCUCACAGAGUUGGACUCCAACUUCCGCACCCUGCACGACCACCUGCUCCAACACGUGAAGAUGCCCUAUUUCAACAUCCACCCCAUGCCUGUGCAGAUGAACCAGCGGCUGUGUGUGGAGGAGGAUAGUGGAGCGCUGCUCUAUGAGAGAGACAUCACCCAGCUGGUUAACGCCUCCAGCUUCCACUUUGUCCUUCUAGGAGUGGGCUACGACGGCCACACCGCCUCCCUCUUCCCAGGCAGCAAGCUUGACACCCAUGGGGACAGUCUGGUAGCCCUCACCGAGAGCCCAGCCAAGCCUCACCAGCGUAUGAGCCUCACCCUCAAGGCUAUCAACCAGGCCCAGAAAGUAGGUGUGCUGGUGAUGGGUAAGAGCAAACAUGAGCUGGUCACCCAGCUCAGCCGAGUCAAGGACAACCCAAAAAAGUGGCCCGUCACUGGGAUCCGGCCGACCAGUGGCAGGCUAGUAUGGUACAUAGACUAUGAUGCUCUUUUAGGAUAGCAAACAGCUGCUUUUGGCUCUGUGAUACUGUAGCAAUGAAAUUAUGUACAUUUAAGUGGAAAUGAAGGAUUUGCUGUAAUUGUACUAUUUUGCUGAAUUUUGACCAAGAAUGUAAAGUAAUGAUAAGAUGAUUUCAUCUCAGGAAAGCAAAGUGGAUAUGGAAGUGUGUUAUUCACAUCAUGAAUCAAGACUAACUAUAUUUUAUUUUGUUGUAAAAACAGUAUAUUUUCACAUAAAGCUACCCAUUCCACACAGAACCUACAUAGAAUAGGAUUGUUAAAAGGAGACUUUAAACUGUGAAAGACCAAUCAUUUUGGUUAAAAUCUAAUUCAAUCAAAUGUGGCCCUAUGGUAAAUGGAUUUGGAUCUUUUGCUCCUAUGGUCGACAUAUAAUGUAGACUAUAGUCAUGUAUUAUUGUAUUUGUGCCUCAAUGACAAAUUAAAUAAAAAUACAUAAUGUAAUGUACUGUCCAGUAGAUUAAAUGACAUAAAAAGCAUAAUCUGAUCCAUUGCUGCUUUUGUUUUAAUCUAUACUCAUGGAUAAAUAUAUAUAUAUAUAUAUAAUCAAAUGUAUUAUUUGAUAUCAAUGUGAAAUGUACAAUUUCCACAGCCUUUGACCCUAAUGUGUGUAUUCUUCCCUAUGAGCCAGCCCAGUAGUUCCUAAUACUUCCUCUUUUAAAGACAUGCUCCGGUACUUUGGCAACAGAACAUUUUUAUUAAACCUCUCGCUUUGGGCUGUAUGUGUCAAUGUGUGGUUCAUACAUGCAUAACCUAUGAGCAGAAUUACUGUCUUAGCCACGAAAUCCCUAGUUUGAAAGUGAUUGUUUUUCUUGAAGCUAUGCGGCGCCAUUUUCCCUACAUUUCCCUCACGUGGGCCAGCCCCGUAGCAAUUUGAGUUCUAGCCAAUGAACUUCAGCCCCUCGUAUUUGAGUGACGGCUAGCAAGAGGCCUGCCCGGCAUUAUCCAAUGAGGUUGCAGGGUGGGCCCAACUGCUCAGUGGACACAGCAGAGAAAGAGAGAGCGACCAAUGGUGUGGUGCACAUAUGUGAUGUUGUAUGCAAUAUUCGGGGACCACUUUUGGCUCGUGAGUGCUACUUUCAGAACUACUGGCUAAAAAGUAUACAAAAGUACCAGAUAAUCUCUUAAUGUCAGUGAAAUGGUGCUUACAAGAGGUCUUAGAUGUUUCACGUUUUAUUUGUCACUGCACAAGUACAGUGAAAUGCUUAACUAAGUUGUGACCUUCCAAACGAAGUACUUUUUUGAUACUGUGAGUCCCCUUGUUUGAGAUGUCCUUUACUGGCAUUCACACAGAUCUGCUCACUGCACAACAUUUCAUUUCAAAGUGUGUAACUAACUGAGUUCAUAAAUGUUUUAUUUGUGGAUUGAAUGGGGAUAGUUCCUCUUACGUAAAGUGCCUUUUUAGGAUAUUGAAAUAGAUUUAAAAUGGGUUGAUGAAGUUUAGUUAAACCGCUUCACUGCGUUGCCUUAAUUCAUUAUACAGACAGGUGUAUGUUAAUAUAUAUGUAUUAGCUGAAGGUUAUUGUGCCUGGAAAAAGGAUGUAAUUCGGUUUCAAUUUGAUGUUUGCACAUGCAAAUGUUAAAGCACUUGAUUAUUCUGAAUGCUGUAAGUGAAAGUGUGGUUUGUUCCUUAUCACUUUGGAGUUCAAACAGGCUAUGAAUAAAGGAUUCACAAAUGUA